AAAUAUUUUAAAUACCAGUACAAGAUUUUUAAGGUUUUACUGCUGGGAGAAGUUAUUCGUUUAAGGUGGUCUGAAGUGAGCAUGGCAUGUUAGACUUGCCGUAGCUGUGAAGCGAAGGGGAGAAACACAAAGGCAAAGAGGUCAAGAGGAGGAGAAACCACGUGUGACAGCCAAGCCUAGAACUGUCCUUCUAAUGUGAAGUUGUUUCGUGAUACUGGUGUGUCUGCAUGUAGCUAGCUCACCCGUUUAGCAGACAGAUCCACUCGCUCUACUGAUCUACACCACGUCCAUAAGCAACGGACAUUUGUCGCUAAGUCCUGAAGCCAAGUUUCCUUGGAAGAAAUCACAUCAUGGUAAGCAAGACGGAUGAUAUACCGGCAUCAGUCCCGAACUGCGGCUCUGUUGAUUUUGCAAAGGAAGGCGAGACGCCGGAAAGCAAAGAGACCAACGAGACAAAUGUCAAAGAUUCCUGUCCGUGCGGGCACAGUGCAGCCGCAGCAGUGAUGAAUGGGAUCGGAGGGCACGACCAGGCUGAGGAGGCGGAGUCAAAGCAGGACAGCAGCGACCACGCCGACGACGGCAACGAACAGGAAGUGAUUGUGAUUCAGGACACUGGCUUCACUGUGAAGAUUCAGGCACCGGGCAUUGAGCCCUUCGACCUGCAGGUGUCCCCGCAAGAAAUGGUGCAAGAGAUCCACCAAGUGCUCAUGGACCGCGAAGACACCUGCCAUCGCACCUGCUUCUCCCUGCAGCUGGACGGUAACGUCCUGGACAACUUUGCCGAGCUGAAGUCUAUCGAGGGCCUUCAGGAGGGGUCUCUCCUCAAGGUGGUGGAAGAGCCCUACACGGUGCGCGAGGCACGCAUUCACGUUCGCCACAUCCGAGACCUGCUGAAGAGUCUGGACCCCUCUGACGCGUACAACGGCGUGGACUGCAACUCCUUGUCGUUCCUCAGCGUCUUCACGGACGGAGACCUUGGAGCAGACAGCGGCAAACGCAAAAAGAAGGGUAGCGAGCUGGAGCAAAUUGACUGUACUCCUCCUGAACACAUCCUGCCUGGUAGCAAAGAGCGCCCCCUAAUGCCCCUCCAGCCACAGAACAAAGACUGGAAGCCUCUCCAGUGUCUGAAGGUCCUCACCAUGAGUGGCUGGAACCCGCCACCCGGCAACAGGAAGAUGCACGGUGACCUCAUGUACCUGUAUGUCGUGACUGUAGAGGACAGGCACGUCAGCAUCACUGCCUCCACCCGUGGAUACUACCUCAACCAGUCCACCACCUACACGUUCAACCCUAAGCCAGCCAACCCCAGCUUCCUGAGUCACUCUCUGGUGGAGCUUCUGAUCCAGAUCAGCCCGGCCUUCAAGAGGAACUUCACGGCCCUACAGAAGAAGAGAGUCCAAAGACAUCCGUUUGAGAGAAUAGCCACACCGUUCCAGGUGUACAGCUGGACUGCUCCACAGAUGGAUCACACGAUGGACUGUGUGAGGGCAGAGGACGCCUACACCUCUCGCUUGGGCUAUGAGGAGCACAUACCUGGCCAGACCAGAGAGUGGAAUGAGGAGCUCCAGACUACUAGAGAACUACCUCGCAAGAACCUUCCAGAGCGCUUGCUCAGAGAGAGAGCCAUUUUCAAGGUCCACAGUGACUUUGCCGCAGCAGCCACGCGUGGGGCCAUGGCUGUAAUCGACGGCAACGUCAUGGCCAUCAACCCCGGGGAGGAGACGCGCAUGCAGAUGUUCAUCUGGAACAACAUCUUCUUCAGCCUGGGCUUCGACGUCAGGGACCACUACCGGGAGCUGGGCGGAGAUGCGGCGGCCCACGCCGCCCCCACAAACGACCUGAACGGGGUGAGGGCUUACAGCGCCGUGGACGUGGAGGGCCUUUACACGCUGGGCACGGUUGUGGUGGAUUACCGCGGCUACCGCGUCACCGCCCAGUCCAUCAUCCCCGGCAUCCUGGAGCGCGAGCAGGAGCAGAGCGUCAUCUACGGCUCCAUUGACUUCGGCAAGACGGUGGUGUCGCACCCCAAGUACCUGGAGCUGCUGGAGAAGACCAGCCGGCCGCUGAAGGUGCAGAGGCACGCCGUGCUCAACGAGAAGGACGUCGCCGUGGAGCUCUAUUCCUCCGUCGAGUGCAAGGGCAUCAUUGGUAACGACAGCCGCCACUACAUCCUGGACCUCCUGCGCACCUUCCCGCCCGACCUCAACUUCCUGCCUGUGGAAGGGGAGGAGCUGAGCGUGGAGAGCCAGAAGCAGGGCUACCCACGCCAGCACCGCCACCGCCUGGCCUGCCUGCGGCAGGAGCUCAUAGAGGCCUUCGUGGAGCACAGGUACCUGCUUUUCAUGAAGAUGGCAGCACUCCAGUUAAUGCAGCAGAAAGCGAACAAAGAUGGCAAAAGUGUGGCCCUUCCUGAGAGCAUCACUGCCGAGGCGUCUCCCGAGGUCUUGGAGAAGGCUCCGGAAGCUGCAGCGGCCGCCUCGGACACGGCGACCUCCUCCGAGUCCGCGGCGAUGCACGAUAAGCCCAGCUCUGCGGCGGCAGAGAGCCAGACGACCCCAGCUGCAGAACACUCAGCGGUUUCCACAGCAACCGCCAACGGUACUCACGAACCCCCAGCUCCAGAGAGCCAGAACGGAGGCUGUGGCAGUUCUCUGGAGGGUAAGGAGGCAGAUGAAACUAUACCAGGACUAGCGCAGGCUAAAGAGCUGGCAGAGACUUUAGCUGCAGAAGAUGGAUCCGGUAUCGACCCCAAGAGCCGAGAGGUGGUCUUCAAUGCCUGCAAAGCUGUGGGCUCCAUCAGCAACAACUCCUUCGACAUUCGCUUCAACCCGGACAUCUUCUCUCCAGGCGUCCGGUUCCCCGAAGCCAGUGCCGAGGACAUCCGCAAGCAGCAGCAGCUGCUGAAGGAUGCCGCUGCCUUCCUGGUGUCCUGUCAGAUCCCCUCGUUGAUGAAGGACGGAUUAGACCACACGGCUCUGCCGAUGGACGGCGCAACACUGACCGAGGCCCUCCAUCAACGCGGCAUCAAUGUGCGCUACCUCGGGAGCGUGCUGGAGUUUGUGGACAAGAUGCCGGCCAAAGUGCAGCUUGACCACUUCUACAGGAUAGGAAUCACCGAGCUCAUCACAAGAUGCGCAAAGCAUAUCUUUAAGACCUACCUCCAGGGCGUGGAGCUUUCGGCCCUCUCUGCUGCUGUGAGCCACUUCCUGAACUGCUUCCUGAGCUCUUACCCCGACGCGGUGGCCCACCUACCAGCAGACGAGCUGGUGUCCCGCAAGAAGAACAGGAAGCGGCGGAACCGGGUGCCCGGGGCAGGAGACAACACAGCCUGGGCCAACCUGACCCCUAGUGAGCUGUGGAAGAGCAUCGGCACCGAGGCGCAUGGUUAUUACCACUUCACCCUGCAGUGCGAGAGUGUGGACCAGGCCGUGGAGAAAUACGGCCUGCAGAAGAUCACACUCCUGAGGGAAAUCUCCGUCAAAGCCGGCAUCCAGAUCCUGAUAAAGGAGUACAAUUUCGACAGCCGCCACAAGCCAGCCUUCACCGAGGAAGACAUCCUGAACAUCUUCCCCGUCGUGAAGCACGUCAACCCCAAAGCCUCCGACGCCUUCCACUUUUUUCAGAGUGGCCAGGCCAAGGUCCAGCAAGGUUUCCUUAAGGAGGGCUGCGAGCUCAUCAACGAGGCCUUGAACCUCUUCAAUAAUGUUUACGGCGCCAUGCACGUGGAGAUCUGCGCUUGCCUACGCCUGCUUGCACGCCUCAACUACAUCAUGGGUGACCACCCUGAGGCUCUGAGUAACCAGCAGAAAGCUGUUCUGAUGAGUGAGAGGGUACUGGGAAUUGAGCAUCCCAACACUAUUCAAGAAUAUAUGCACUUGGCUCUGUACUGCUUCGCCAACGGUCAGCUGUCCACUGCCCUAAAGCUGCUGUACCGUGCCCGCUACCUCAUGCUCUUGGUGUGUGGGGAGGACCAUCCUGAGAUGGCUUUGCUAGAUAGCAAUAUUGGUCUGGUGCUACAUGGAGUGAUGGAGUAUGACCUGUCCCUACGCUUCCUAGAAAAUGCCUUGUCCAUCAAUUCCAAAUACCACGGGCCCCGGUCCCUCAAAGUUGCCCUCAGUCAUCACCUGGUGGCCCGCGUGUAUGAGAGCAAGGCUGAGUUCCGCUCUGCUCUGCAGCACGAGAAAGAAGGCUACACCAUUUACAAAAACCAGGUGGGUGAAGCCCACGAGAAGACGAAGGAGAGCUCCGAGUAUCUGAAGUACCUCACUCAGCAGGCUGUGGCCCUGCAGAGAACCAUGAACGAGAUCUACAAGAACGGCUCCAACGCUAGCAUCGUGCCCCUCAAAUUCACAGCCCCAAGCAUGGCCAGCGUUCUGGAGCAGCUCAACAUCAUCAACGGCAUCAUCUUUAUUCCUCUCAGCCAAAAGGAUUUGGAGACGUUGAAGGUGGAGGUACAGCGCCGACAGCAGCUGCAGGACUCCGGGAAGAGUCAGGCACAGCAGGAGGGCAUUGCGCUGGCACCGGACGACAAGCUCCCUGUCGACGAUUAAAGCGGCCCGCCGCACCCCACCUCUGCUGUGGGAGGCUGUCGGCUUGAACAUGUGGACCUGAGAGAUUAAGCUGUCAUUUAAAAAUGAGUUUUUUUGAGCUUAAAGGGGCAGGGAGGGGGAGAGGGAGAGAGAGGUACACCGUGUAGCAGUCACAAAGAGAACGGCACCAGCGCUUCACACGGGCACGCCGAGAGCCAGGCGACGCAGCCUGCUCGAGGAGGGAGCGGAGAGAUUCUGCCACUUUUUCUGCCAGUGUGUACGAGGCUGGAGGUGACCAAGGAUGACCAUGACAUUAUACACCAGAGCCUUAUCCAUCCAUCCAUCCAUCCAGCGUUCCAUCUAGAUAUCCAUCCAUCACCACCCUUCCCCCAACACACAUACACCUCUCAUACCCUCCACUUAACUCCUUUCAACUGAAUCCAGGACAAACAGUGUUUUUCUUUGUUUAGGAGAUAGUGUGGGCUUUAGCGCAGGACAGUCCACCCCUCCCCCACACAUGUCUGCCUUUCAACCACCACUCCCAGCACACAACCUGUCUGGAAACUCAGGUGAUUUCUGCACUAGAUGAGGCCGCAAACGUUCUCCGCUAAAUUCCCAGAGGCACACGAGAAACCUGACGGAGGCUUUAGAACACACGCGUAUAACGGUCUAGCUUGGAGAGCCCAGCCUGAAAAGCUAAUGGCUCUGUUGUGUCCCAUACAGUUGGAAAUUACUCUUGUGGUUUACCUGAGUUGUGGCUGCUGUCUUUACAACUUUACAGACAUGUGUUCUCAGCCAGUGUUUUUAGCCUGAUAACAUGUGCUCUGUAAAAAAAAAAAAAAAAAAAAAAAAGACAUUUUUUUGUAAAACUGAGCGGGAGGAGGAAUUAAGCCAUUUUAUAUCCUUCAUAUCCAGUUAAUUUAAGCCAUGUCUGUUUUAUAGAAUAUACUCACAGAGCAAUGUGUACAUUUUGUCUGUGGGAUUUUUGACAGAAAACUUGAUUUAUGUUGAUAUGCAGAUUCAAAAUGUAUGGCUUGAACCAGAUCUGUAGGCUCUCAUAUUUUUUUUGUUUAAUUUUGUUCCAUUCUUAAAGUGUGCGUGCGUGCACGUGGGCGCUUGUUAUACUGGGGCAGAGAUUCCAAGAGGGUGAAAGAUUCCUCUGCUGCUGCUGAAAUGGAAUCACUAUCAGCAUAUUUUUCUACGUAUACUGAUAAACAUGUGAUGACUUGAAUCAUACAGGAUUUGGCUCUGCGCAUGGUGAAAAAACUGCAUUAAAUAAGUGAAUAAACCCACUUGGUAUAUCUGACCCACAGGACUUCUUUGACAAUGACAUUUCUGACACUUGUCAUUUAUUUCCAGCAGUAGAAAGGCUUUCUGUGUGUUCCACGUUUCCCCUCACCAGUAUUUAGUGCACUUUCUAAAGCCGUGUUAACAUCCAGCUUCACCUGAAGUCAACUGAGGCAGGCUGCUUUAUGGAAAAAAGAAAACGGACAACAGUUGUUUGCUUGUAUAAAUACAGUGCGGGUCUACAUUACAAAUGUCAAAUUGUUGCUGUGUUAAUUGUAUGAGUCUAAAGUAAUAGAAAUGCUGGAACUGGCCUGUUAAGUGCUGCUGUAUUCUGCACUUAGAUGCAAGAUUGACUGCUACACUUCACCCCUUAUUCGAAUAUAAUUUCCAAGAAUAGGGAAGAGGUCAUUAACACUUAAUCGCAUAAUGUUACGACUCAUGAGUCAAACCACAGUGAAUGUUGAACUAUAUGUCAGGGUGUGGGAUUUGUGCCUAUGUGUGCUUUGUCAGGCUGGCAUUUGUUCCUUGUCUUUUUUUCCUUUUUGUUUUUCUAUGCCUUUUAAAAGGGUUUAAAAUAUUUUUGCCUUGGCUCACUAGUUUCCUUUCACAAUUGAUUUAUUUAUCCUUUGUUGGAACGACAUCGUAUUCUGAGGUGGUCUUCAGAUGCAGUAUCGCAAGAAGCCACUAAGGUGUGCUCUUAUCAAGCUACGUUUAGUUGCAUUUGAGUCGCUAAAGAAAAUAAACAAGCUUUAUGAUAAAGUGCAAAAUUUAGCUUAGAACUUCGAAACUGUCCAUACAGAUGUUCUCAAACUGAAGUUCACUAGCCUUUGUGGAAUAAAAAUACUGAUGUUACAAAGUUUUAAAUGGCUGGAACACAAUCAUAGAACCUAAAUUUUGAAAUUGUGUAAGCAGAUCUGACCUUGGAUGUAUUCAUGAACAUUUUCAAGGUUUUUUUUUUUUUUUUUCUUGAACUGCAAACAUUUAAGGUUUGUUUUUUCAAUCAUAUGAAUUCUUGCAAGAGCAUCCAAUUUAAAUCAUUUAGAUAUUUAAUACUAACUGGUUUUGUUUUGUAUUAAAGAUGCAAAAUGAGAUGUAGUAAUUUAACAUUUUCGAUGAUAGUUUUAAAAUGAAAAUAUCUCUUGAGAUUUCUGAUCUGGGUUUUCUGGUCUUUUUAACUAAUUAAUCUUGUAAUUUAUUCAAAAACUUUAGAGCUAAACAUUUGCAUAUAUUAAAUUUUUUUUUUAGAGAAAUCUAAUCUCUGCAGAACAUUAAACAAAUUUGAACAGUUCCAGUCCCCAACGUGCCCACACACACCUCUCAUUCUCAGAAACCGCUCUGAACCAAUGACCAUAAUAAAAUAUUAUGAUCAAACCACUCUUCAUACCUUCCCUGGCACAGUGUGUAUAUUUGCUUGCAUCACUACGAGCUGAAGUUAGCCUUAAGUCCAAAUAUAAAGCUAGAACAGCAGCUGUCAUCCAGGAAUCGGUUGUACGCUGCAGAAGCCUGUCUGGAGUAAGACGCAUUGGCUGUUCGGUCCACCUCGGUGUCGUACGCUGUCUAAACACUCAGGCCGUGCCUCCAUUUGGGUGUUUUUUGUUCCUUUUCGAUCUGACUUUGUCCUGCCAGAGUUAUCAAGCCCUUUUGUGUGUUUUGCUUUAUUUUCUUUAAUGUGGUAUCUGUGGUAUCUUUUCCCAUAAAUCUAAUUAUUUUUGAUCUGAGUAUGCUUUUGUAUUAAAAUAAAUAAACUAGCAAAUAAAUGGUUUAACUGA